CCUAGAUGACGACGAUGCGUGGAAUGGCUGGAGCAAGCCCAAAACCACCGAGUUCGAUGACGCAGUUGCCAAGGUCAACGAGCGCGGCUGGCUCACCGGUGAUUGGUACCAGGGUAUUACGGACGUGGUCAAGUUGACUCAGCGCAGCCAGGUUGAUGACAUCGACAUGGUUGACGAGGAGGCGAUGCCCACGGUGCAGAUCAAACGAGCAGACACGAUGUUUCAAGACAAGUACGAUUUCCUCAGCGAAACGAAACGCGCCGAUCACAGAGUUUGGAAAGAUGAGAUGCUCGCCAAAAUUGUUCAAUUGACGGCGACAGGCGCCGCCGCCAUGGAACUAGAUACAAAAUGAAGGAUCCAAAGACCAGCUUCUCGGCCAUAUUAUAUACGUAUCAACCAUUCCCCUCAUUUCCCCCUCAUGUUUUCCAGGCCAAGAUCGAUGUGGCGCGGGUCAUCACAGCAAUGCAAGAGUCGUUUACUUGCGGGCAGCACCAGAAGCGGUGGCUCGGGCCUUGGUGAUGAAAGAAGAGAUGCCAGAAGGAGCACCCUCACCGCCACGGCCACCAGCGCCAGGAGUCUGCUGGCCACCGAAGCCACCAGUGGGAGUACCAGUGGGUCGGGUGAAGCUGCCAGUGAAGUCGCCACCGAAGCCGCCAGCACCGGGAGUGUGGUCGCCGUGACCGCCAGCGCCGGGAGUGUGGUGACCGCCCUGGCCGCCGAAUCCACCAGUGGGAGUGCCAGUGGGCAUGACGAAGCUGCCGGUGAAGUCACCACCGCCGGGAGUCUCGACGGCAGCAGCGUUGAAGCCACUGUCAGUCUCGUCAGCACCGCCGAAGCCAGCGCCGGGAGUGCCAGUGGGCAUGCCACUGAAGUCGCCGCCAGCACCAGGAGUGUGGUGGCCGCCAAAGCCUCCGUUACCGGGAGUGUGGUGGCCACCGCGGCCGAAACCGCCGGUGGGGGUGCCAGUGGGCAUGGCGAAGCUGCCGGUGAAGUCGCCGGUGAAGUCGCCGCCAGCACCGGGGGUCUGCUCAGCGUCGUCGCCCUGCUGUCUCUUGCUGAAGAGGCCACCGAAAAUGCCGCUGGGGAGGCCGGUCGGGAUACCGGUCGGGAUACCGGAGGGGAGAUCACCGAAACCACCAGGAGUACCAAUGGCGGUAGGGAUGCUCAUGGGGAGGUCACCGCUGCCAGAGCCGGGAGUCUCGAUAGCAGCAGCGUCGAAGCCGGAGCCGGGAGUCUGCUGACCACCCUGGCCGAAGCCACCGGUGGGAGUGCCAGUGGGCACGCCGGUGGGCAUGCCGCUAAAGUCGCCGCCAGCACCGGGAGUGUGCUGGCCACCGAAGCCGCCGUUACCGGGAGUGUGCUGGGCGCCGUUGCCACCGAAGCUGGGAGUCUGGGCACCGACGGGCUGAGCCAUGGCGCGGGCAGAGAUGGCCAAAGCCAUAGUAAGGAGGGACAGAACAGCCAUUGCGGAUGAAGGAAUGUUGAAACUUGAGGUCGGUAUGGGAAAAGAUUGAAAAGGCUGUACAAAAGACGGAUCACAGAUCAACUGCAGGUCCUGAGAUUGAAAGAAAGAAGCG